CCGCAGCCGGUGGCAGAUUGAGCGCUGAACCCGCGCUGCGCGCCCGCGGCCAGGGCGCCCCAGCCGAGCACGGUGCCUCGGCUCCCGGGCCGCCUUCGCCGCGCGGGUGAGGUGCUUGGGGACAGUGAUGCGGUUAUCAUCCGAAGCGGUAUCUUUGAUUUGAGGAGUGCAAAUCGCCGCCAGCCUUCAAGGAAGAGAGGCACUGGCCAGGUGGCCCCCAAAUCGGCUGCUCCUGCUGCCCUUCAGCACAGCUCCAGGAGCAUCCGGCUGAGGGCUCCCCACAGCGAGGCAGACUUCCAGGACGUCUUUCCUUGUCCUCCCAGCCCAGUUGCCACAACAAACAGCAGAGGAGACGCUGGUGAGUGGGCAGAGUUUAUAAACUAUGCUCUUGACAACCCCUCCCCCUUAGACUUCCCCGAGGAGCUGCCGAGUGGGAAACUGUGUGCCUCCCCCAGGGGACCAGUGCCCCCAAGACCAUGGGGGAUGUGAAGCUGGCUGCCUCGACACACGUUUCCAAAACCUCCUCACCAUGGAUCACUCGAGAGUCGGCUCCACGCCCCUGACCGAGGCCCCUGCUUUCAUUUUGCCCCCUCGGAACCUUUGCAUCAAGGAAGGAGCCACUGCCAAGUUUGAAGGGAGGGUCCGGGGUUACCCAGAGCCCCAGGUGACAUGGCACAGAAACGGACAGCCCAUCACCAGUGGAGGUCGCUUCCUGCUGGACUGUGGCAUCCGGGGGACCUUCAGUCUUGUGAUUCAUUCUGUCUGUGAGGAGGACAAGGGAAAGUAUACCUGUGAAGCCACCAAUGGUAGUGGCGCCCGCCAGGUGACAGUGGAGUUGACGGUAGAAGGGGGCUUUGUGAAGAAGCAUGGCCAGCCUGUUGUUUCCAAAGCCUUGGGGGACAGAUUUGCAGCCCCUGCAGUCGAGACCCGUCCUAGCAUCUGGGGAGAGUGCCCACCAAAGUUUGCCACCAAGCUGGGCCGAGCGGUGGUCAAAGAAGGACAGAUGGGGCGAUUCUCCUGCAAGAUCACUGGCCGGCCCCAACCGCAGGUCACCUGGCUCAAGGGAGAUGUUCCCCUGCAGCCCAGUGCCCGUGUGACCAUGUCUGAGAAGAAUGGGGUGCAAGUGCUGGAAAUCCACGAAGUCAACCGAGACGACGUGGGGGUGUACACGUGCAUGGUGGUGAAUGGGUCGGGGAAGGCCUCCAUGUCAGCUGAGCUCUCCAUCCAAGGUUUGGACAAUACCAAUAGGUCGCUUGUGAGAGGAACAAAGGCGGCCAGUUCAGACAUCAGGACAGAAGCGACCAAUGGACUCUCACAGGGGCCAAAGCUGGAUGGCCUGGAGGCUGCAGCGGAGAGUAAGAACUGCUCCAGCGCCCAGAGGGGUGGCUCCCCGACCUGGGCUUCAGGGAGCCAGCCUCAGCCUCCGAGGGAAUCCAAGCUGGAGCCGUCAGGGGGCUCAGACAGAAAAGCCCUGAGGAGCCCCAUCCUGCAGAAGACUUCCAGUGCCAUCACCCUGCAGCCUGCAAAAGUCCAGUUGGAACCAAGGGCUCCAGUCUCAGGCACCCUCUUGCCUUCCAGAGAAGAGAGAGAGCGGCCAGCUGCUCCACCUGCCGCCACCCUGCCCUCCAGACAGUCUGGCACAGGAGGCCAAGAAGCUGUGAGCAAGGCUGCUACCAAGCAGGUUGCCAUGGAGAGCCGAAGGGCUGCCACAGUCCCCAGAUUCGAGAGCAAGCCCCAAAGCCAGGAGGUCAGUGAAGAUCAGCCAGUCAAGUUCAAGUGUGAAGUUUCAGGGGUUCCAAAGCCCGAAGUGACCUGGUUCCUGGACGGUGCCCCUGUGAAGAGGCGAGAAGGCACCUUUGAGGUUUAUGAAGCCGGAGGAUCCCACUACCUCUGCCUGCCAAGAGCCCGGGCCAGGGACAGCGGGAACUACAGCUGCACAGCCACCAACAUCCGAGGCCAGGUGUCCUGUACCUGGACCCUCCUGGUGAAAAGGCUGGCCGUGACAGAGGCGCCCCCGUCCUUCUCCAGUGUCCUGAAGGACUGUGCUGUGGUUGAGGGCCAGGACUUCGUGCUGCAGUGCUCCGUGCAGGGGACCCCGCUGCCCCAGAUCACUUGGCUGCUCAAUGGGCAGCCCAUCCAGUACGCCCGCUCCACCUGCGAGGCCGGCGUUGCCAAGCUCCACAUCCAGGAUGCCCUCCCGGAGGACGACGGCACCUAUACCUGUCUGGCCGAGAACACCUUGGGGCGGGUGUCCUGCAGCGCCCGGGUCACUGUCCAUGAAAAGAAGAGUGAUGGGAAGAGUGAGUACCUCCUGCCCGCUGCCCCCAGCAAGCCCAUGGCACCCAUCUUCCUGCAGGGUCUCUCUGAUCUCAGCGUCAUGGAUGGGAGCCAGGUCACCAUGACAGUCCAGGUGUCAGGGAACCCACCCCCUGAGGUCAUCUGGCUUCACGAUGGGAAUGAGAUCCAGGAGUCGGAGGACUUCCACUUUGAGCAGAGGGGCACUCGGCACAGCCUCUGUAUCCAGGAAGUGUUCCCAGAAGACACAGGCACAUACACCUGUGAAGCCUGGAACAGCGCAGGAGAGGUCCGCACCCAGGCCGUGCUCACGGUGCAAGAGCCUCAGGACGGCACCCAGCCUUGGUUCAUCAGCAAGCCCCGCUCUGUGACAGCCUGCCUGGGCCAGAGUGUCCUCAUCUCCUGUGCCAUAGCUGGGGACCCCUUCCCUACUGUGCACUGGCUCCGAGACGGCAAAGCCCUCUCCAAAGACACUGGCCACUUCGAGGUGCUGCAGAAUGAGGACGUGUUCACCCUGGUUCUCAAGAACGUGCAGCCCUGGCACGCCGGCCAGUAUGAGAUCCUGCUCAAGAACCGGGUUGGCGAGUGCAGCUGCCAGGUGUCCCUGGUGCUACAGAGCAGCCCUGCCAGAGCCCCCCUGCGGGGGAGGGAGCCUGCCAGCUGUGAGGGCCAAGGAGCUGGUGCUGAUGGUGGUGGUGCUGGCAGAGACGGCUACGGGAGCCUGAGGCCCGGCUGGCCAGCAAGAGGGCAGGGUGAGCCCGAGGACGAAGACGGCGAGGACGUGCGCGGGGUGCUCAAGAGGCGCGUGGAGACGCGGCAGCACACCGAGGAGGCUAUCCGCCAGCAGGAGGUGGAGCAGCUGGACUUCCGCGACCUCCUGGGCAAGAAGGUGAGCACCAAGACCUUGUCUGAGGAGGACCUGAAGGAGAUCCCUGCCGAGCAGAUGGAUUUCCGCGCCAAUCUGCAGCGGCAAGUCAAGCCGAAGACUGUGUCCGAGGAAGAGAGGAAGGUGCAUAGCCCCCAGCAGGUGGACUUCCGCUCGGUCCUGGCCAAGAAGGGGACGCCCAAGACCCCCGUACCUGAGAAGCUGCCCCCUCCAAAACCUGCCACCCCAGAUUUUCGCUCGGUGUUGGGCAGUAAGAAAAAAUUACCAGCGGAGAAUGGUAGCAGCAAUGCUGAGCCUUUGAAUGUCAAGGCAGCAGAAGGUCCCAAGCCUGUGGGCAAUGCCCAGCCUUCAGGCUUUCUCAAACCUAUGGGCAAUGCCAAGCUGGCCGAGACCUCCAAACACUUGAGUAAUGCCAAGCCAGCCGAGCUCCCCAAACCUGUGGGCAACGCCAAGCCAGCCGAGAUCCCCAAACCCGUGGGCAACACCAGGCCAGCUGAGACCCCCAAAACCGUGGGCAAUGCCAAGCCAACUGAGACCUUCAAACCCAUGGCCAAUACCAAGCCAGCUGAGACCCUAAAGCCUGUGGGCAAUGCCAAGCCAGCUGAGACCCUAAAGCCUGUGGGCAAUGCCAAGCCAGCUGAGACCCUAAAGCCCGUGGGCAAUGCCAAGCCAGCUGAGACCCCCAAGCCCUUGGGUAAUACCAAGCCAGCCGAGCCCCCUAAACCAGCUGGGAAAGAAGAGCUUAAGAAGGAGGUUAAGAAUGAUGUGAACUACAAGAGGGGCUCUGCAGGGGCCACAGAUAAUGAAAAAAGCCCGGAGAGCCAAGGGUCAGCCCCAACCUUCAAGGAAAAGCUACGUGAUCUCCGUGUGGCAGAGGGUGAGAAGCUGCUGCUCCAGUGCCAGGUAUCCUCCGACCCCCCGGCCACCAUCACCUGGACACUGAAUGGGAAGACACUCAAGACCACCAAGUUCAUUGUCCUCUCCCAAGAAGGCUCACUGUGCUCCAUCUCCAUCGAGAAGGCCUUGCCCGAGGACAGAGGUUUGUACAAGUGUGUGGCCAAGAACAGCGCCGGCCAGGCUGAGUGCUCCUGCCAAGUCACCGUGGACGAUGCCCCCACCGGAGAGAAUGCCAAGGCCCCGGAGAUGAAAGCCCGGAGGCCAAAGAGCUCUCUUCCUCCUGUGCUAGGAACAGAGAGUGAUGCCACUGUGAAAAAGAAACCUGCCCCCAAGACACCUCCGAAGGCAGCCAUGCCCCCUCAGAUCAUCCAGUUUCCCGAGGACCAAAAGGUGCGAGCGGGAGAGUCUGUGGAGCUGUUUGGUAAAGUGGCCGGUACCCAGCCCAUCACCUGUACCUGGAUGAAGUUCCGAAAGCAGAUCCAGGAGAGUGAGCACAUCAAGGUGGAGAACAGUGAGAAUGGCAGCAAGCUCACCAUCCGGGCCGCGCGCCAGGAGCACUGUGGCUGCUACACUCUGCUGGUGGAGAACAAGCUGGGCAGCAGGCAGGCCCAGGUCAACCUCACUGUUGUGGACAAGCCGGACCCCCCCGCAGGCACGCCUUGUGCCUCUGACAUCCGCAGCUCCUCGCUGACCCUGUCCUGGUAUGGCUCCUCCUACGAUGGGGGCAGCGCCGUACAGUCCUACAGCGUCGAGAUCUGGGACUCAGUGGACAAGACGUGGAAGGAACUAGCCACAUGCCGCAGCACCUCUUUUAACGUCCAGGACCUGCUGUCUGACCGGGAGUAUAAAUUCCGUGUGCGUGCAAUCAACAUCUACGGAACCAGUGAGCCGAGCCAGGAGUCUGAACUCACAGCGGUGGGAGAGAAACCUGAGGAGCCCAAGGAUGAAGUGGAGGUGUCAGAUGACGAUGAGAAGGAGCCUGAGGUCGAUUACCGGACCGUCACGGUCAAUACGGAACAAAAAGUGUCUGACUUCUACGACAUUGAAGAGAGACUAGGAUCUGGGAAAUUUGGACAGGUCUUCCGACUUGUAGAGAAGAAAACUGGAAAAAUCUGGGCAGGGAAAUUCUUCAAGGCGUAUUCAGCAAAAGAGAAAGAGAACAUCCGGCAGGAGAUCAGCAUCAUGAACUGCCUCCACCACCCCAAGCUGGUCCAGUGUGUGGACGCCUUCGAAGAGAAGGCCAACAUCGUCAUGGUCCUGGAGAUCGUGUCCGGGGGCGAGCUGUUCGAGCGCAUCAUUGACGAGGACUUUGAGCUGACGGAGCGCGAGUGCAUCAAGUACAUGCGGCAGAUCUCGGAGGGGGUGGAGUACAUCCACAAGCAGGGCAUCGUCCACCUGGACCUCAAGCCUGAGAACAUCAUGUGUGUCAACAAGACGGGCACCCGGAUCAAGCUCAUCGACUUCGGUCUGGCCCGGCGGCUGGAGAAUGCGGGGUCUCUGAAGGUCCUCUUUGGCACCCCGGAGUUUGUGGCGCCUGAAGUGAUCAACUAUGAGCCCAUUGGCUAUGCCACGGACAUGUGGAGCAUCGGGGUCAUCUGCUACAUCCUGGUCAGUGGACUGUCCCCCUUUAUGGGUGACAACGAUAACGAGACCUUAGCCAACGUUACCUCAGCCACCUGGGACUUCGACGAUGAGGCCUUCGAUGAGAUCUCCGACGACGCCAAGGAUUUCAUCAGCAAUUUACUGAAGAAAGAUAUGAAAAACCGCUUGGACUGCACCCAGUGCCUCCAGCACCCAUGGCUAAUGAAAGAUACCAAGAACAUGGAGGCCAAGAAGCUCUCCAAGGACCGGAUGAAAAAGUACAUGGCAAGGAGGAAAUGGCAGAAAACGGGCAAUGCUGUGAGAGCCAUUGGAAGACUGUCCUCUAUGGCAAUGAUCUCAGGGCUCAGUGGCAGGAAAUCCUCAACAGGGUCACCAACCAGCCCGCUGAAUGCAGAAAAAUUAGAAUCUGAAGAAGAUGUCUCCCAAGCUUUCCUUGAGGCCGUCGCUGAGGAAAAGCCCCAUGUAAAACCCUAUUUUUCUAAGACCAUUCGUGAUUUAGAAGUUGUGGAGGGAAGCGCUGCUAGAUUUGACUGCAAGAUUGAAGGAUACCCAGACCCUGAGGUUGUCUGGUUCAAAGAUGACCAGUCAAUCAGGGAGUCCCGCCACUUCCAGAUAGACUACGAUGAGGAUGGGAACUGCUCUUUAAUCAUUAGCGAUGUCUGCGGUGAUGAUGAUGCCAAGUACACCUGCAAGGCUGUCAACAGUCUUGGAGAAGCCACCUGCACAGCAGAGCUCAUUGUGGAAACCAUGGAGGAAGGAGAAGGGGAAGGGGAAGAAGAAGAGGAGGAAGAGUGAACCAAAGCCAAAGAGAAGCAGUUUCUAAGUCAGAUUACAAAGACUAUUUCUCUAAAGCUCAAAAAGAAAAAGAAAAAAAAUCCAAGUAGUAAAAGCACCUAGUGUGAUAGAUUAUUUAGUUAGGUCAUUGGGGGGUUGACUCUUCAGCAACAGUGGUUGAUACCCAGCAGCGUUACUGAUGGGCAUUAAUUUGAAUUAGCUGGCAUCUUAAGAUACUAGUCUAGCUAGAUUUCAUUUGGGGAAAUCACCAGUAACUUGCCUGACCAGUUGAUACUAGAGAAAAAGUAACCAAAAGGAAGAUAUAUCUGGGCAAAGUCAAAUUCCCCAACUGAAGGCACUCGUGAAAAAUAAGGCCCUGUGGUCUCAGCUCUGCCCAGAGAGUCCCUAGAGGUGGGGGUCUCUCCCAGCUCCCGCUCCAGAGACCAGGGUCUUCUCCAGCCCUGCAGCCCUUCAUUCUGCAGGCGGUCGAGCCAUUUUCCCUUACAAGGCACAUUUUAUUCCAGAGUAUCCUGCAGACAUUCAAACUUUUCACUUCCCUGCCCUGUUCUACCUACGAGUUUUCUGGAUCUGAACUUGCCAUGAGUUUAAGGACUAGGGACAUUACACUUCUCAGAGUCCGAAGACACGUCCCCUGCUCCUGGAUGACUGGCUUCCUUAGGCAAAUACAAUCUCCUUUCUUCCCAAAUUAGUAGGGAAUCUAAACUUAGCCCCUCUCUUAAGAUGUCUAGUAGCUUCAGACAUUUUGAUAAGAACCUAUGACAAAGAAAUUCCUUGCUAAUGUGCUUUUUUCCUGAAACCAGGAUUCAUAUUUGUGCUGUUUUAGAAUAUCAGCUCUGCAUGUGUGGUAGAGAUUUUUGUGUUUGAAUGUAUGAAAAACCGUUUGCUGAAAAGUUAGUCUUUAUUUAUUGGCCACUAUGAGAGAUUUCAACUGAAGAGCUGUAGAAGUCCACAUCCUUUGGAAUCUCCUUCAGGAUAGUCUGGGUUUAAUAUACCUUCAUUCUGAACAUACUCCAGACAACCUGACCCACCUUAUGGGUUCCACGAGGUUUUUCUCCUUGAACGUACAUCAAUCAUGCCUUGCCCCCAACCCUAAAAUAUAUUCUUAGACCCGAUAAAUGCACUCAGACUUGCAUCUUUAGGAAUUUUUAACUUUCACUACAUUGGCACUUAAAAUUUCCUUUAUGAAACUUUUUGAAGGUCAUAAACAAAGACCAUAAACUGAUAUGCCUAAUACAUUUCCUCUGCGUGUGUGUGUGUGUAUAACAUUCCAAAUACUUUUUUCUUUUCCACUGUUUGUAAAGUACAACAGUUUACUAUUUCAAGGGACUUUUUAAUAGUUCCUUAAGAACCAAUUUUAAAUGACUUCAGUGCAAUUCUACACAGUAUCAACAUUAGAAUUUUGGUGUUACUUAAGUCUUAUGUUACUUUCCAUUCUAUUUUUACCUGCUUUUUGCUGCUAGUUUCAAACUGCCAGUAUUUUUCCUUUUGCUUUUUAAACAGUUACAAUAUUUUUCAUAAUAGCCACAGUAUUUGCCACAGUUAAAUAUAAUAAAGUGUUUUAAAUUUGAUUUAGAGCAGUCAAAGCUUUUCCUCACCACUUUCAAUUGUGUUUAGACUAUAAUCUUUUUGUGCGUGUUAUGUUGUAUAUGUGCGCGCAUGUGUGGUGUGUAUGUUUGUUUACAGGUUUUGAUGCCUUCUUGAAAUUGUUAAUGUUCUCCUAGUUUAUUAUGCCAUCAGAAUGGUAAAUGAGAACACUACAACUGUAGUUAGCUCACAAUUUUUAAAUAAAAGAUACCACAGUGCA